CUCGUUUCUCAUUCUCUCGCUAUCUGACGACCGACGAGGACCUUACCUCACUUCCUUGAUUUCCUUGUGUUGCUUACUCCAUCCUUCCCCUCCUUUACCCCUCCCCCUUCCGCCUGCAGCCUAUACUACUUGUGUUAAUUCCUUUCCCACCCAAUAUUCCCUCCCCCCGGUCCAAGCAUAAGCGUUUUGAUUGACUCUAUUCGCGUUUCGCUAACGCGCCUCUUACCUUCCUCCCCCCCCCCUUUCUUCAUCCACCGAGGCUUUGCGACGGCCCUCCUUGACUUGUUUCGCGCCGUCGUUUCCUUGGCCCGCCAUGUAUGACAUUUCCCACUCCGCUCCAAUGAAUGGAGUCGCCGGUGAUCUUGUCGAUGGGUCGGGUACUAUCAAUCCCGCUGCCUUGAAUAAUGUCUCUGUCGCUCUUCACACGCCUGCAGAUUCGUCAAAUAUAGUCCCUCGUGGGAUUAAGCGCAGUCGGAGCCCGGAAUUCAAUGCACUUGCAGACGGAGACCAUGAUGAUGGAACCGAUGAGCACGCUCGUCGGAAACGAGGACGUCCUCCAAAGAUUCAACAACGGCCAUCUACCGCUGAUCAAGCUUCAUCCUCUACACCAGCCGCUUCAGGUGUCCACGUCCAAACGCCGCGCAUGCAGACACAACCGCUUCCGCCGGCGGGCGCCGCCGUGUCACCACCGCAGGCUUCGCCUUCGGAGAAGGCCACUCCAUCUAAAACCACUGUGAUCAAAGCACUUCCGACCGUUCGCGACCACACCACGGACCAACUCGAUGAGCAGGGGGACGAAUACAUUCCCAAGGAGUUUGACGAUGCCGGUGAGAAAAAAGUGGAUGUCAUGGGUUAUCCCCAAGGCGGUCGGGAAUACAAAUGCCGAACGUUCCGCGUCGCUCCUCGUGGUAAGAAACUCUUCAUGCUUGCGACCGAAUGUGCGCGUGUGCUGGGGUAUCGCGACUCAUAUCUCCUGUUCAACAAAAAUCGCUCGCUACACAAAAUUAUUGCGACGCAGGUGGAAAAGGACGACAUGAUCCACCAGGACAUCCUGCCUUACUCGUAUCGAUCUCGCCAAAUCGCCAUUGUUUCAGCCAGAUCCAUGUUCCGCCAGUUCGGUAGCCGGGUCAUUGUCAACGGACGAAGGGUACGCGACGACUACUGGGAGAGCAAGGCUCGGAAACAAGGAUUUACUGAGGAAGAUUUGGCCGGGGAAAAGCGACCGGGUGCCGCCAGGCGCGAUGCGGCUGCUGCGGCUGAGGCUGCGACCGCCAAUCUAUUACCAACCCUUACCCAUGGCGACGUGAUCUACAGCAACGUUGAGGGCAUGCCCCUGCCCGGCGCGCCGUCAUCUGUCUCUCUUUCGCAGCUUCCGAUCUUCAAUAUGACCACCACCGACGACCCUCGACUGCAGGAGUACAACAGUAUGCCUCGUGCGCGCCAGGAGGUUACCGGCCAAACAUACCAGGACCGUACCCAGCCCAGCUCAGCGGCGGAUAUUCUGAACCAGGCGUCGCAUACAGCAGAUUUCAAUAAGAUCUUAACCUCGCAGCGUGCGUUUCGCUAUGGGGCCCUGGGGGGUUUCUAUGCCAACCAGCGUGAGGAAGCAGCGGAAGCAGCACAGUCGCAGCCCGGGCAGCUCGACGGGGCGCAAGAGUCGACAUCACAAUCUCUGCCAUCCACUCAGAUUGCCAGGGGAGGAAUGGUGAAUUCGUCCGCGCCGCAACCUGUAAUGUCUCAUCAAAGUGCCAUGAUGGGCGGCGGUCAGUCCGGUUUCCAUCCGCCAUCGCAUCCACAAGCUGCGAUCGCACCAUCGCCUGCAGUACGAGCCAUGCCACCAGGCAUGCGACCAGACCUGAUGCACCAGCGACCAGCCGCCCUGCCGACGCAGACGCCUCCCUACGGAUAUCCGUCGCAGCCGCAACAAAUGUGGGGUCAACCGCCUCCCCAACCACAGCCAUCGCCAUUGUCCAGCACGCCAGUCGCCGGCAUGCCCCAGUACGCGCACCUCCAUGCCGCACCACAACACUCGCCAUCUCCUCUGCCGCACAGUGUUCAGCAACCGCAUCCUUCGCAAUCACCUCGCAACCAACCUCGUCCGUCCGUACCCUCGAUGUCGCAACCAUUCCCGAUUCAUCACCCCCAGGCAGCGCAGCAGACACCUAUGGCAGCUUCCAUGGGAUUCCCCGGGGCUACGGCUGCCCCGUAUCCCGCAAUGGCUCGAGCCAUGUAUCCCGCCACUCAAGGCGGGGGUCAACCCUUUAUGGCCGGAACACCGCAACCUGGACUCGCCAUGGGCAUGAGUGGGGGAGGUGCUAUUCCCGGCUGGCCAUCAGCUGCUGGUGGGACGCUACCAUCUGGACCCCCUCAACCGGCCGGCGUUGGUCCAGGUUGGCGUUUAGGAGGUAUGGGACAGCAAGACUUGCAGGAAAACAGCACGGUUCUGAUAUUGUCUGGUUUAUCUCUUCUCUUUUCCUUCUUGCCUCGAACACCCUUUCUUUCAUUAUCCUUGGCCAGGGGCUCUAGCUAAUGUUAAUGGUGCAUACUCCUGUUUUCCUUUCUUUCCUCUCUAUACCCCUGUUAUACCCAGUUGAGUUUUUGCCUGCUUCUUGUGAUAUCAGUCAAUUUUUUUUUGAUAUCCAUGCCAGUAUAUAAAAGGCUGGCCAGACACGACA